AUGGAGCCUCUGCCAGAGAAGAUAAGCAAGAACGAACAAAAGCGACGAGCUAAGCAGCUCGAGAAGGAGCAACGAAGAAAUCAGCAACCUGCUACACCUCAAACAUCAUCAGGCAGUGAGUCAGAAAACAUGCCUCACCAACACCACGAAAACCGACUCAAGCUCUUCCAAUCCCUGAGGUCGACACCAAGUCACCACCUCUAUCCAUCCUCCUUCGAACCAAAUGUUGAAGACUUGGCUGCGUUGAAGAGCGAAUUGGAGUCAAUCAAGACAGGAGAGCAAGAUACCUCUAGGGACAUCAAGCUUCGUGGAAGAAUAAUCUUCAUCCGUUCGGCGGGCAAACGUCUACGCUUCUACGUUAUUCAGAAUGGAGAAGAACAAAUCCAAAUUGUUUCUCAAGCGCAGGAAGUAGACGAUAUGGCAGUUUUCCUCCAACAGCACGAACACCUUGGUCGCGGCGAUAUUAUCGGCGUCAUAGGCCACCCAGGUCGGACAGCACCACGCGGUCGCCCCGUCGGUGAACUAUCUAUCUUUGCUAGCGAAAUCAUCCUGCUCGCUCCAUGUCUCCAGAUGAUACCCAAGGACACAGGGUUCACUGAUGCCGAGCAAAGACACCGCAAUCGACCUUUAGACUUAAUAGCCAAUCGCUCAACUCGCGAUUUGUUCCGCACCCGUCAUCAGAUGAAUAUGUACAUUAGCAAUUUCCUCAGUGCACGCGGCUAUAUCAGCGUUGAGACUCCAAUUCUCAACCAAACCGUAGGAGGUGCAUCCGCCAAGCCGUUCACGACAUACCAUAACGCCCUGAAGCGAGACCUCUUCCUUCGCAUCGCGACCGAACUUCCACUCAAGCAGCUUGUCGUCGGAGGACUCGAUCGCGUAUUUGAGAUUGGUAGGGUGUUCAGGAAUGAGGAUAUCGAUCUAACGCACAAUCCUGAGUUCACAAGCUGCGAGUUCUAUCAGGCAGAUGCAAAUUACAACGACAUGAUGUCCAUCACUGAAAACUGGUUUCCAGUCUCGUGA